AUGGCCAUGGAGGAAAUUAAACUCACACAGAAUGUCCAUUCUGAGGCUCUGGGUGCUGAUGUUGCAGACAAGAAGAAGGGAGGCAAGUUCCAGCCUUUUAAGAAGUUGUUUGGCAAAAGGAAAAAGAAAGACACUUCGAUUUCCCGGGAGGCGGAGGCAGGGAGGAAGAGCCGCUCUCCUCAGAGCGUCAGCAAUGGCACCUUCUCUUCCGACGAGGAGACCCUGGAGGACAGCCUGAGGUCCUUCAGCUUUUGUAUGGGAGCCCGGGCGCUUUCCCAUGACAGUAUUUUUAUCCCUGAUGGGGGAGCAGAAAGUGAGCAGACAGUUCAAGCAAUGUCACAGGACAACAUCCUGGGCAAAGUCAAAACUCUUCAGCGACAGUUGGGCAAGAACAUCAAGUUUGGGCAGCCGCCUCCCAGUGCCACCGCGCCCAUGAAGAGGGCGGACAGUGGGGAGGCCAGUCUGGAAGAGGACCCGUUCCCGGCCAGCCCCAUGGAGCCCGUGACUCCGCAGGACAUUGUCCUCUCCGACGCCGAGAACAGAUCUAGUGACACGCCAAGUUCUUCGAGUCCUCCGAAUCCGCCUGGAGCCAGAAGUGAGAUGGACGAGAAGGUAGCUCCAGCUAAACCUUCUCGGCCAAAAAGGCACUUCUCUUCUGCCGGCACCAUCGAGAGUGUCAACCUGGAUGCCAUCCCCUUGGCCAUCGCCCGCUUGGACAACAGUGCCGCCAAGCACAAGCUGUCCGUGAAGCCAAAGAACCAGAGGGUGUCAAAGAAGCACAGGCGGCUUGGGCCCGCUGGGGCUCGGCCAGACGAACCCGGCGGCCUCCCGGGCCAGCUGUCUCUGGACCAGAACGGACACCCCGGGGAAGACAAGCUGACGUGGCACGAGGAGGAGGAGGAGGAGCCGGAGCCUGAGCCUCUGGACGCCGAGGAAGAGCAGAGACGCCAGGAAGAGUACUGGCGGGAACUGGAGGCCAAGUGCAAGCGGCAGAAGGCGGAGGCGGCCGAGAGGAGGCGCCUGGAGGAGCAGAGGCUGCGGGCCCUGGAGCGGCGGCUGUGGGAGGAGAACCGCCGGCAGGAGCUGAUGGAGGAGGAAGGGGAGAGAGAAGGAGGAGAGGAAGAGGAGGGAGAGGAGGGCGAACCACAGCCAGAGGCUGGGAAGAGGCCGUGCCCAGAGGAAAGGCGGAGGCUGGACGAGCCGGGCGGCCCAGCCCCAGAGAGCAGGGAGCCGGAGGAAGGCGGGCACCGGGGAGCCGGGCAGCAGGAGCCCCUGGAGGGAGAGGCCGAGCGGCUGCAGCGCCUCGCGCACCAGGACCUGGAGGCGAGGAGCAGGCAGGAGGCCGAGAAGCGGCGGCAGGAGGAAGAGGAGAGAGAGUUGAAGGAACUCAGGAGGCGGGAGGAGCUGGAGAAGCUGGAGGAGCAGAGGCGGCAGGAGGCGGAGAAGCAGCGGCUGGAGGAAGAGGAGAGGAAAAGGCAGGAGGAGGAGCAGCAGAGGCUGCGGGAGGAAGAGGAGAGGAAGCAGCAGGAGGAGGAGGAGCAGCAGAGGCUGCGGGAGGAGGAAGAGAACCGGCUGAAGGAGCUCAGAAGGCGGGAAGAGGAGGAGGCCAAGAGAAGGGAGGAGCAGAGGAAAAGGCAGGAGGACGUGGAGGCGGAGAAGGAGGAGUCCCGGGGAGCACGGGGAGGAGAGGAGAGCGGGUGGGAGACUGACAGUGCCGAGGAGCCAGAGGCCCCGAGACCUGGGAAGCCCAGAGAGAACACCGAGGAGCUGAGGGCCUGCAAGCAGCAGGGUCCCCGGGCCGAGCCCUCCGGAGAGCCGCAGGGGCAGAAUGGCUGUGCAGGCCCGGAAAAGAGGGACGAGCCCAGCACCCCGCCUCCCCAGAAGCAGGAGGUGUGCGGGGCAGCAGCGAGGGUGGCCCCGGAGCAGGACAGCAGGGUGGAGGAGCUGCGGUGGCAGGAGAUGGAGGAGAGGCAGACCAUGCCCAGGCCCUACACUUUCCAAGUGUCCUCUGGGGGCAAGCAGAUCCUCUUCCCCAAGGUCAACCUGAGCCCCAUGACGCCCCCGAAGGAUGCGGGGCCGGCUCCCACCCCGCACCAGCCCAAGGCCCCCCGGGCGGCCGGCCCCGCCCCGCACGCGCUGCCCUCGGCCCUGAGCAUCCCGCACACGGCCAUCCUGGUCACCGGCGCCCAGCUGUGCGGGCCGGCCGUCAACCUCAGCCAGAUCAAGGACACGGCCUGCAAGUCCCUGCUGGGCCUGGGCCUGUCGGAGGAGAAGAAGCCGGGGGACGCCCCCACCCCGGCCCCGGAGAGCCCGCCCCGGGCCCGGGCCGGCAGCAGCGGGAGGGCCCGGGCCCCGCAGGAGCCGGCGGCGAGCAGCGCGGCAGCCCUGGCCGAGUGGGCCUCCAUCCGCUCCCGCAUCCUGAGGAGCGCGGAGGGCGAGCAGGGCGGCCAGAGGGACCCGGCACCUCCCCCUGGGGACGAGUUCGCGCCCCGGGGCCGCUGUGACUCCCGGGGGACCCUCCGGAGGACCCCGCCGGGAAAUGCAAAGUUCUCCAUCAUGCCCGCCUGGCAGAAGUUCUCCGAUGGGGGCUCCGAGACCUCCAAACAGAGCGCCGAGAGCACGAGGAAAAGGUCGGGGCCGGGAGCCAGCGACCCGACGGCGCCCCCGUCCCCCGCUGCUGCCGCUGACAGCGAGGAGCCCCAGAAAGGCCCGGAGAGCCCGGGGCUGUCCCCGGAGCCCGCAGACACCACCGAGGGCUGCAAAUUUGCCAAAGACCUCCCGUCCUUCCUGGUCCCGAGCCCUCCUCACCCAACUCCGCAGAGAGCAGCGGCCCAGGCCGAGCCUGUGGCCGCUCCGGGCAGCGAGGCCGCCGGCGGCCCGGGCAAGCCGGACCCGGGGAUGCCGGGGGGAGAGGAAAAAGCCUCAGCCUCCCCUUUCGGGAUAAAGCUGAGAAGGACCAACUACUCGUUGCGCUUCCACUGCGACCAGCAGGCGGAGCAGAAGAAGAAGAGGAGGAAUGGCAGCACCGGGGAGGGCGCGGAGGGCGCUCCCCCGGCCCCAGAGCGCACGGAUGGAGAGAAGGGGGCCGAGGGGGUGGCCCCUAAGCAGGGCCCGGCCCUCCCCGCAGACAUCAAGCAAGGCCCCCAUGCCCGGAAGGACCCCGCCAUAAGCCCUUCCAGCCCCCCUGCCAUGGCCCAGCCUGCACCCCCGCCCGGCAGCAGCCAGGCCCCGGCCCCCCCGGAGCACACCAAGGCCGCCAGCAGGAUGCCCCUGGCGCAGAAGCCGGCCCUGGCGCCCAAGCCCCCCUCCGGGCAGACGCCCCCCACCUCCCCGGUCUGCAGACUGAGCAGGCCCUACCUGGCCGAGCUGCUGGCCCGGCGGCCGGGGAGGCCUGACCCGGAGCCCGGCAAGGAGGGCCCGGAGAGACGGGAGCCCGGGCCACCAUCUCCACCACCACCUCCCAGGAGGGAAGAGAAGAAGGAAGAGGCGGACACCGAGAGAAAAGCUGCUGCUCCUGCUCCGUCUGCAGCCCGGCAAGAGAGGCCUUCCCAGACGCCCGAGGCCGGGAGGAGAGAAAAGCCAGUGCUUCAGAGCAGACACUCUUUAGAUGGCUCCAAGCUGGCGGAGAAAGCAGAAACCGCGCAGCCACUGUGGAUAACGUUAGCCCUGCAAAAGCAGAAAGGGUUUCGGGAGCAGCAAGCUACUCGAGAGGAGAGGAAGCAAGCAAGGGAGGCCAAGCAGGCAGAAAAGCUCUCCAAGGACAACGUCAGUGUCAGUCCGCAGCCAGGAAGCAGCAGUGCCAGCAGAGCUGGAUCCCUGCCCAAGUCCACGGCUCAGCCAGAAGAGAAGAAGCCGGAGACAGCAGGGUCCAGGCUUGAGCGCAGAGAGCAGCUGAAAAAGGCCAACACCCUCCCCACAUCGGUGACAGUGGAGAUCUCUGACUCGCCUCCCCCCGCGCCACUGGUGAAAGAAGUCACCAAGAGGUUUUCCACCCCCGAUGCUGCUCCCGUCUCCACAGAACCAGCCUGGCUGGCUUUGGCCAAAAGGAAAGCCAAGGCCUGGAGCGACUGCCCACAGAUUAUUAAGUAA